AUGAUGAGGUUGUACAUGACACAAUGGCUUUGCCUCUCAUCUCUUUAAUACACUACCCCUCUGGUUUUAGAAGCCCAAGAACGAACAACAAGAUUUUCAACUAAGAUUUGCUGUUGUGUUGGUUAGGUUGUUGUGAUCUCUCUCUGUUCUCUUUCUCUCUAUCUGUCUAUUUUCUCAAACACACAACACACUUAGAACAAGUUAGAAACCCAAAGCCAUUUGUAGUACACGAAAUUAUCGGUAUCCCUCUAUAUUUGGGGUCACACAAACAUAGGGAAUAAUGGCACAGUUACCUCCUAAAAUACCAACCAUACCCCAAAAUUGGCCUUCUUUUCCUCACCAUAGGGGAUUAAUGUCGAACUUCACCACCACCGCCGCCACCACCACCACCACCCCUCCAAGUCAACACCAAUCACCACCAACAUCCUCACAACAAUUACCAUCAUGGGUUGACGAGUUUCUUGACUUCUCCUCAACGCGGCGGGGGUCUCACCGGCGCUCCGUCAGCGACUCCAUUGCCUUCCUGGAGACACCGUUCCUUGACGAAUGCCAAGAUGGCAGCGGCGGCGGCAGCGAUGAGUUCAAUAGGAUGGACGAUGAGCAGCUCAUUUCCAUGUUCUCCGAUGACAUCUCCGGCGUUGUUCUUCCGCCUCCGCCGCUUUCUUCCGCGUCCAACCCCUCCUCGCCGUCGUCUGACCAGAACAGCAACAACGAUGAAAAGGCAAUGGCGUUGGACGCUGUUCCUGUUCACCCCAAGAGCGAAGCCGUUGAUGAUGAAACGUCGUUUAAGAAUGAGGCGGCGCAACCUCCCUUCGCCACCACUGAAACCGUCGUCGAUCCCAAGAGGGUUAAAAGGAUUUUGGCUAACCGGCAAUCAGCUCAGAGGUCAAGGGUGAGAAAGCUACAGUACAUUUCUGAGCUUGAAAGGAGCGUAACCACUUUGCAGACGGAGGUUUCAGCAUUGUCACCACGAGUUGCAUUCUUGGACCAUCAACGUUUGAUUCUUAAUGUCGACAACAGUACCUUGAAGCAACGGAUUGCUGCUUUGGCCCAAGACAAGAUUUUCAAAGACGCUCAUCAAGAUGCAUUAAAGAAGGAAAUUGAAAGACUGAGGCAUAUCUAUCACCAACAGAGUCUUCAAAAGAUGGGAAACAACAACAACAGCAACAACAAUGGCCAUUCUCUUCAAUCCCCACCAGCAUCACAGCAACAUCCACAACACUCUCUUCACCAGCAACUAACAGCUUCUCCACCUUUGGCAUACAAGGACAAUGAGCAGCUUCUCAGCUAAUUAAGGGAAAGAUUUAAAAAAGAAAAAAACAUGGAGGAAUAAGGCAGUGGAUGAGUAAUGAAUAUUGUCCCUUGAUGCCAUAUAACUAGAACUUUCACAUGAUGUGUUCCUCAUUAAUGUUAAUGUGGGACUCCUGACACACAGUUAUGAGGUUGGAGGGUAGGAAGUUGACAAGUGGAUUGAUUAAAUAGAUUCAAGUUUUUUUUCUUGCUUCAAGGUGGUGUGUGGAUUGGAAUUACAAGAUUUAAUUAAUUUCUGUAUGAUUACACUUUUUUUUCUUUUUAUGAGAAAAUUAUUCUCAAUGAUUUCUUUGGGGUGGAAUAAGGGGACAGAGCAUCGUGGGUUUGGAUCGGGAUCAGCAUGGAAGCUAUCAGAGAAUUACUUUUCUCCUUUUAUUUUAUUGUUUUGGAGGAAGGGGUAUUUGAUUGAUGUAUUAUUUUUUGUUCCAUUUGGGUGUAGUUUAAUUUCUGCUAUUUUUUAUUUUUCCUGUAUGUCAUUUGGAAAAUUGUACAAAAUGUUAUGUAACUCUAACAUUAAUUCUUAACGUAUGGAACUUGAUGUUGUGUAUA